AUGGAAACCAGCAAAGGCAAAGAAAUAGUGUGCUCGCCAGGAUCUGAAUUCGAUUCUAAAGAUUCAGACGAUGAAGGUUGGCAGCCAGCCACUGUCAAUAAAAAAUCGCGAAAAAAAUUACUCUCACUCAUUGCUAGCGUCUCAGAAAUCAAGCUACGGGAGGUCCUGGCAGAUUUGGUUCUCAUUGCAUUCGGCAGCUCGAUAUUGUGCGCGACAGACAGCGACUCGGAACCUGAUACGGAAGACAUUGAGGGCGUCUCUGGAGCCAGGCUACGGGAGAUUCUGGCAACUUGGGUAGACAAGAAUAAAGUUGUUGAGGAAGCAUUGAUGUGUGAGCUUGUCGUGGAGAAGCGUACUGAAGUGUGCGAAGUGCUGUCUCGUUUUGAGACAUGCAAGAACUGUAACUGGAUAUAUGCCCAAGCGUUCCAAAGGGAUACUAUAUUUGAAGAAAGACACUCAGGUUGGACGGGAUCCCCAGAGAUUCCAGUGGACGUGCUGCUUUGA